AUGAUGGAGGCGUCAAAAUGGGCCCUACACAGGUACCUGCUUCUCCUUCUUGUCAUUUUGCUUACCUGGGGCGAUGGAAAGGGCUGGGUAAGGUGCUUCAGUGGAGAGGGCCAUGAGGCGAUAGGGAUGGUCGCCAUGUCGGGGCUAAAGAGCGAACAGUUGUACGAACUGAAAAAAUUGUUGAGCGGAAAGGACAUAGUAGACAUUGGGAAAUGGGGGCACCUAGUCCAUGAGAAAAUAAAAGGAGCGGAAUCGAUGCAUUUCAAUUUACAGAACCACGAUUGCAAGAGGGCCGUCUUCAAGUGCGAAGAUGAAAAUGGCUUGUGCCUGAUAAACUCGAUAAAGCAUUUUUACGUGAAGUUGGCUGGCGGUAAACCGACUGACCACACAACUGGACAAUCAACAAAUCAAUCAACCGGACAGGCAACUGAAGAACAUGCAUUAAAUUCUGCCCCCCCCGAGGCGAAGGAUAUCCCCUUCAAGUACCCCCAAAACAUCGCCUUCACAGACGCAGAUGCCUUAAAGUACCUGGUCUCCCUCAUCGCGGACAUGCAUCAGCCAUUAAGAAUAGCAUACCGAUACGACAACGGAGGGAAAGAUAUCAAAGUCAUUCAUCACGAUGACUACAAAACGGUGAGAACGAACUUGUUCGAUUAUAUGGAGAGCGAGCUAAUCAACAAAAUGAUAAAGAGGUACCAGUCAGCAUGGUAUGGAGGAUGGACACAUAUUAACCGAUUAUUAGACGAACAUAAAAAGGAUGAAAAAUUAUUCAGUGAGAAAGGUAUUAAUGCCAUCGAUAUUUGGGGAGAGCAAAUUAUAAAUGAGUUCUGCUCCGAGUUUUACCUGAACAGCUAUGUAACAAAUUUCAUGGUUGAGAAAAAGGACGAGUUGCAUUUUGAUACAUCCAAAGAGAUCGAAAUUACUUACGACUUGGAAUUCCAUUUGGAGAGACUUCUCAAAGUUAAUAUUCUGAGGGCCGGGUCGCGCAUAGCCAUUCUGCUUAAUAGUCUGUUUGCGAAUAGGAAGUUUUCCAGCCUGAGGAAGAAAUCUGAGUUUGAUAAAGUCCAGUACGAGCAGCUUGAAAGGAAUAAAACGGCCUCCGUGUAUAAGAAAAAUGCUAUAUUUAUAAAUUUCGCCAUCAUUUUUCUAGUGUUGGCUGUGAUAUUCUACUACAACUAUAUUUUUAACAGAAAAAAUAAAAUGUACUUCCCAAGCAAGGCGGAAGAAGUUGAGUUGCAGGCUAAGUGCAAUUGA